AAGAGUUAAAAAAUUGUUAGACACUUCAACAUAAACAAUUUGAAUGUACGUAUGAAAUUCGUUUUUUAAGUUAUGAGUAUAUCCCUUUGAAGCUGAAGAAUAAAAAUAUCGCACUACUGUUAACCCAUUUACGCAAAAAACAACUUUGGACGAAGCUUGGUAUUCCAGCCAUGUGUGGUCAAGAAUAAGUGAAGAAUUGAAGAAUAAAUUCAGUGAAAAAAAAGUUAAUGACCAUUAGGUUAUUAACUUGAAGUGUAGUGUGUCAAGAUGGAUCUGCCAGACUGUCCCCCGGGGGCAGAGGGUUAUGAAGAUACUGUUGUUUCAAGACCAAUGAAACCAGUUGUAGAAGAUAAACUUAAGGAAACAAAGGCUGAGACGGAGUUUCUGGAGCAUCUGGGCUGUUUGAAGUUACGGGUUGAAGAUGGAUCUAUGCGGCCCAUGGUGGAACGGCGGGCUCGCGAUGUGGGGGGGCAGUGGUCAUAUUAUUGCUUCCCUUGCGCGGCGGCGUGCAGCGGGGAGACAGUGCUGCAGUCGCACAUGGCAGGGAAGAAGCACAAGAGCAGAUUAGCAACGACUAAUAUUUGGCCGAAGUCCAUAUUUACCGAACAACCACGUGUAGCGCCUGAGAAACGUCCGCAGUCCACUCAACCACCGACAACAACAACCAAAGGUAUAGAAAAGGUUACCUCGAACAAUGCUGCGGACAGAAAUAAUACAGAAUUUGAUAAUGAGGUGCUUGAAAAAUACAGAAAUAUUCGUUGCCUCAUUCAGGAUUCUUUGGAUGAAGUAACGGCACCACUGCUUGGCUUGGAGUACCUGAUCGAGCACCCUCCUGAGGAGGAGCACCAUGAGCCCUCAUACCUGUGUGGGCUGUGCUGCAAGCAGGGCCACCCGCGCACCAUUAUCAAUCAUCUCACCUGCUUUUGGCAUCGAUUAAACUACGUGACCCGGCACUUCCCGAAGGCAGGGAAGCUGAUUUCAGAGCAGCGCGGCAAUAAGAUUAAGAAGCCGGGACUGGGAUUUGUGGUACAUCGACUGGCUCAGUGUAUCGAGAACAAAUAUGGCCGUCUCGAACCCCUUCACAUCAUGAAGCACGAGUUUGAGGCGAACAAGGAGAAAAUUGUUCAAACCAUCGGCAAGGGUAAACAUUUUUCUGAAAAGGAAGGGUGUACAUUUGAGGAAGUGAUAGAUAUAGAUCUUAUUAAUUCACUGAAUAGUCCAGAUGAGGGCAGAGAUCCGUCGCCGCCGGUCGUAGCAGCGCCCACCAAGCCAUUCAAGUUGGCGAAGCGUUCGGAGCGCCAGCGACAAAUAUCCAUAGAUUCUUUGUCGGAUAUUAGCGAUUCACUGGACACUAAGAAAAUUGUUGACACCGAUAAAAGAGUUGUGAAACGGGGGCGAAGUCCGACCCGCCACGAGCCUUAUCCGGACAGGCGCCGUGAAGCGACGCACAACCGACCCUUUGAGAAUCCGAAACCAGCUGCUCCAGCUCAUAGAAGCUCACCAGAAAAGAAUAUCACGCGAACGUCGCGUGUCGCCGCCCCGUCGUCGCUCACCGCUCAAGCACCUGCGGACCCGCUCACGGAGCCCUGUCAGAGCUCGCAGCCCCCACUCGUCCCAGGCCCGCGUCAGUCCGCUGUCGGUCCGCGGCCAUCAGGUGCGCGGGCCCAGUGCAGGCGCCCGCAACCCGUCGCCCGUGCACGCACGUGCGCCCGCGUCCGAUCCCUCCAUGCAGACUGUACUCAUAUCUGACGACGAUCUAAAACCCGACAGCCCCUGGAGCUCUGAUGAUUCGCUGGGCUCACUGCCGGAGGUGAGGUCGCCCGUAUCGCGCACCCGCUCUCGCACCAGCAGCACUGUCACCUCGCGGUACCUCGACCCCAAGGACUUCGGCACGGCCGAC